AUGGCGCAUGUCAAGCUGGUGAUCGACGUCCUUCUCACCCACCACGGCUUGGACUUCGAGCCCACCACUGUCCCGAUGCCGUGGAAACAAGUCCCGCCAAGGGAAGGAAAGCUGUGCUUCGGCUUGAUCAUCACAGACGGCUGUGUCGACCCUCAGCCGCCUAUUGCCCGGUCGUCAUAG